UGCGCAGGGCCCGGCGGAAUUUGGGGCCGGGCACGGCGGAGCCAUGGACCGGUUCGGCUGUGGGGUCAUGGACCGGUUCGGCGGCGGGUCAGGGGAGUACGAGGCGGCAGAGCAGCAGCAGGAGCAGCUGUCCCGGCAGCAGGAGCAGCUGUCCCGGCAGCAGGAGCGGCACUACCGUCUGCUUUCCGAGCUGCAGACUCUGGUGAAGGCGCUGCCCAGCUCCUGCCAGCAGCGUCUCUCCUACACGACGCUGAGCGACCUGGCGCUGGCGCUGCUGGACGGGACCGUCUUCGAGAUAGUGCAAGGCCUGCUGGAGAUCCAGCACCUGACCGAGAAGAACCUCUACAGCCAGCGCCUGCAGCUGCACAGCGAGCACCGCGGGAUGAAGCAGGAGCUCUUCCACCGGCACAAGGAGGCCCAGCAGUGCUGCAGACCCCACAAUCUGCCGCUCCUCCGUGCUGCACAGCAACGGGAGAUGGAGGCUGUGGAGCAACGAAUUCGAGAGGAGCAGCGAAUGAUGGAUGAGAAGAUAGUCUUGGAGCUAGACCAGAAGGUGAUAGACCAGCAGAGCACUCUGGAAAAGGCUGGGGUGUCCGGCUUCUACAUCACCACAAACCCACAGGAGCUCACUUUACAGAUGAAUUUGCUGGAACUGAUUCGGAAGUUACAACAGAAGGAAUCUGAGUCUGAGAAAGCUUUUUCCUGAAUGAGCAAAUCUUCUGUUUUCUGUCCAGAGUUUUCUUCUGACUUCCCUCUAAAGAACAGACUGUUAAUGCCUUUGCUUGAUACUGUGCCAGGAAGAGGCUACUGGCUGUAGAAGAAAUAGCUGAGGCCCUUAGAUAACCUUAGAGCUGGGGGGUGCAGACCCCAGAGCAGGGGUGUGGGUGGGAGCAUCAGGCUGUCUCUCCUGUCCUCAGAGCAAGAUGUGUGCUGCACGUCCUGCUAAGAUGAGAGGCAAUGGAGGAUGCUGAGAUCUGUCCCGGGCAGCCCACACCCUCAGGGAGCCUGGGGAGAUGGGGAGGGGCAUGGCAGCAGCAAAGCUGACCCUGUGGUGUGGGGCUGAGCCCUGUGCUCAGGUGGAUUGCACUGAACGAGAGAGCAGUGUCACCUCCAAACUGCAGUCACCUCUUCUGAUGCAGGGAGGAGGAGGAGGAGUGAGUGUCUCUGGGAGGGGAGAGGGACAGCAUCCAGUGCUGCCUCACCCUGGCAGAUGGUUUGCAGAUGGAGAAAAAAAUGUCCAAGGUUUAUCUACAAAAGAAUGAUUCUGUGUGUGUCGAGGCUGAAAGAGCCUCUGAAACAGGCAGCCCCUCCCCCGGGAGGCCUCUGCACAGAUACCACCAUCAGCUUUAUUAAAGGAAGAUCUCUGGCCUCUUCCCACCGUUACUGGACUGUGAUGUUUGCAGUGUUCCCUCCCAACUUGGACAGCAGAGAAGGCUUCAGAGAUUUGCCUGUGUUACUUUAAGCCAGCUUCUAAAUGGAGAAAAAUAAAAUACUCUGUCCUACA